AUGGUUGGUGAUCAGCAUUGUCAGGAAUUUAUUUCUGUGGUUCGCAUAUCCCAUCAAUCAAAUGCACCACCGCUGAACAGUAAUGACAUGGGUCCUUCAGCAUCGCUACCGGUUGACAAUGACGCUGACUGA